AUGCGCGGUGAGAUCGACUGCAAGGCACCGGGCCUUCAGCUUCUGAGACACAAAGCGUUGGAGAAGCUGCGGUCAUGGCCUAGUCACGAGUUUCUGCAUGUGAAGCGAGAGUGGAAUCAGAGCGCAGAUCGACUAGCCAGCACAGCAUUGCAGAGCGAAAAGGGAAGAACGGUUGUAGCUGAAGAGGAUCGGCAAGAUCUGAUGACUCUGAACCGUCUUGAUGAAUUGUUGAAGCCCAAGCAAGAUGGUCAGCUAGCUCGGGUAACUGCGAUCGCGAGAUCAGCCAGGAGGAUACGUCAUGGACCUGAAGUGAUACAGGAGGAGAUAGUACAGAGGAUCAGGAUUCAACGAAUUGUCCAAGCUCAAGAUGAGGAGCGUUGGAUUGUCAAUCUCAAGACAUAUCUAAGUGGCGAUUUAUCAAACUUGGAUGCGGUAGAAGUGAAGAUGUGCGCCAAACUGGCGCCGGAUUACGAGAUCGAUGAGAACAAUCUGCUAUUUUUUUGCCCCAUGGCGAAAAGAGAGUCAGAAGAUCGCGAUGGUUUGAUGCGGUUGGUGAUCCCUGAGACGUUGCAGCAGGAUUUUUUGCAUCACUAUCACACGAGUCUGGAAGGAGGCCAUCAGGGUAUUGGCCGAACCUAUCAGAGGAUCAGAUCGCGAUUUCAUUGGAGAGGACUGUAUCGGAGCGUUCAACGAUAUGUGGGCGAAUGUACCGACUGUGAGACCGGGAAAGGAAACCCGAUGAUUCAUGGGAAAUCCCCGGGCAAUCUACACGCAACCUAUCCAUUCCAGAUCAUCGCCAUGGAUCAUAUACCGUCGUUGCCCAAGUCCAUCAAGGGGAACACCGAACUGCUCAUUUGGGUCGACCUUUUCUCGGGAUAUGUGAUUGCAAAGGCUAGCUCCUCUCGGACGGCACAAACAAUAGCGGAGAAUUACGAAGAAUGUGUGUUUCGACGCUUCGGAGCUAGCGAGGCUAUCAGGCACGAUCGAGAACCGGGAUUUAUGUCCGACUUCUUUCGAGCCUUCAGUCGGAUCGUAGGACAAAAACAGCGUGCUACUAUGGCUUACAGGCCACAAGCAAAUGGAACAGCCGAACGAAUGGUGCAAACCCUGACACAUUCGCUCAAGAUGUACGUGGCUGAAGUUGACCAGCGAGACUGGGAUGAGUAUGCUGAGCGGCUCACAUUUGCCAUUAACACUGCACAAGAUCGGAUCCGGGGGGAUACCCCGUUUAUCUGA